AUGUGCGCGGAGCUCGGCGGAAAGCUGCUGCUGCUGGCCCCGGCGCUGCUGCUGGCCCUGCUGCUGGCCAGCGCCCGGGCGGCCGCGGGCACUGAGGCCACGCACCCGCCGGAGGGGCCGCAGGACAGGACCCCGCAGCAGAAGGGGCGCCUGUCCCUGCAGAACACAGCUGAAAUCCAGCACUGCCUGGUCAAUGCUGGCGAUGUGGGAUGUGGAGUGUUUGAAUGCUUUGAGAACAAUUCCUGCGAGAUCCGAGGCUUACACGAGAUCUGCAUGACGUUCCUGCACAACGCUGGAAAAUUCGAUGCCCAGGGAAAAUCCUUCAUUAAAGACGCUCUGAAGUGUAAGGCUCAUGCCUUGAGGCAUAAAUUCAGCUGCAUCAGCCGUAAGUGCCCUGCCAUUAAAGAGAUGGUGUUCCAGUUACAGCGGGAGUGCUACCUGAAGCAUGACCUCUGCUCUGCUGCCAAGGAGAACGUCCAGGUCAUUGUGGAGAUGAUUCACUUCAAAGACCUGCUGCAGCAUGAGCCUUACGUUGACCUGGUGAACAUCCUGCUGACCUGCGGCGAGGAGGUGAAAAAGGCAAUAACCAGGAGCGUCCAGGCCCAGUGUGAGCAGAACUGGGGGAGCCUCUGCUCCAUCCUGAGCUUCUGCACCUCGGCCGUGCACGGGGACGACAGGAAGGUGGGGGAAGGCAGCAGGGCCGCUGCAGGCCGCGGGGACAUGGCGGCCCACGCUGACGCCGAGCACAGGGAGAGCCCACGAGCAGCCAAGGCAGAGAGAGGUACCAAGGGCCACUCCAACGCCCGGGUCAAAGCUGGGGGCCACGCUCCCAAAGGGGCCCACGGCAUCCUGGACCGGGCAGACGAACUGUCCGACUUCUCCGACAUCCGGAGGUGAAAAGAGGCACCAGCUCCCCCUUCCCCUCCCCGAAACCUCCUCCCUUGAUUCCAUCCUCCUGUCUAUGGACAUUCCAAAGCAUUUCCCAUUCAGAGGUCAAGCACAGGGCAUUGCAAGAUAUCUAUGGACCUCGGCAUCAGUGUGUAUAUAGUAGCAAAGGGAGAGCAGUGGCAAUGGGUUAUCGAUCCAGCAAACUCGGCGCUCGGGUGGCAAAAUGUCUCCAGCUAAAUUCUUUCCCCCUUUUUAUUUUGGUGUUUUUUUUUAU